AUGGAAAGGCUGUCUUAAGGAGAUAGUUUGGCUGAUCUGGUCCACAGAUACCACCUCUCCUUGAUAGACUCCCAGUGUUGGCCCACAGUUAAUUGAAACCAAACUACCCAACCAAUCCGCAGCCAUGACUGCACGAUGUUAAAGAACAAACGUUUCUAUUUAACGUUUCUUGUCCGAACAGCUCUGUAGUAAUCACACACUUUCUGUUAAAGUAAUAAGCUAAUUGUCUUCAGUAGGACAUCAGAAAUACUAACUGCUUGAUGUUACCGAAUAGUUAUGCUAACUAGCUAGAGUUAGCGUCGGCCUGUUAUCUAGCAUAGCUAACGUUAAGUUAUUAUCUAGCGUUAGUUUCAAGACGAAAACGCUGUACUUGGGAUUAAUGCGAAGCACACUCUUUUCAAGAACUCAAGUGAUUGAAGUACUAAGUUAAGUGCUAAAAGGAAAAGUGUUACUCCCUUAAACUGCUAGUUUUUAUCUACUUGAAUGGUGAAAAGCUGCUGCUAGCUUCUGGAUGACCUCUUCUUCCUUUUGUAUUUUGACGAAUUUCAAUCAAUGAAUUUGAUGUUGCAUACUGCCACCUAGAGUACCGGCGUAUGAAGAAAUUGUUUUGCAUUGAAUUCUGAAAGAUAAAAAAAAAUAAAUUAAUAAAUCAAAUAAAUGAAUAUGAAUGCAAACAAACAUGAGAGAUAAACUACUUCUGGGUGACUACUUCCAGCUUCCAAUAUGCAUUAAAGAGCUGAGUCACGUGCAGGCUAAGGCUUAUGACAGCCUGAGCCUUAAUUUUGAUGCGCAUUUUUGAAAGAUAGGGCUGAAUAAUGGUCUGACUGGAGUGUGCAAAGAAAGAACUUUGGAUUUAGUCAGUGGCAUGCAAUAUUUCACGCUGAGCUGUAGAGUGUUCAUGUUAUCAUCACAUGCUUGCUUAUCCCUUGAGCUAAAAUAAAAUCCUUUGAAAACUAUCAAAGAACAUAAUUAUGGUAGGGCUAUUUUCUCUGUGUGUGACUAAAGGAACCCAUAACCAAUCCUGACUCAUUCACUCAUAAAUCAUUAAUCAGAGGUAAGCUAUGUGUGUCAUGAUCACUGUUUGGGAGAUGUUCUUAACAACUCAUGUCAACAAACAGUAAGUCAGCAGACUGAGUGAGAUCAUGUGGAGACUAUCCCAGAAGUGUUCGCACAUAACACACCCGCCCCACUGCGUCCUCUGUGCAUGGGUUACCAUAGAUACUCAGUUCAAGGGCUGUACAGUGAAAAGCUUGCAAUCAAACCUGUGUGAGGCAUAAAAGCAGAGCAAGUGAGUAUUGUCAGUGGACUGGAGCGGGUUUCUGCAGCAAGGUACCGUAAGAGAAAGUAUAAUUUUGACUCCAACUGAUAAAUCAAAACAUAUGUUGUGUUUCAUUUCUUGUUAAUCACCUUUUUAUACAUUUGAUAAGACAUAAUUGUAUUUUGAUGUGGAAAAUGGUGUAAUUAACACAUUUAAAAUAACAAACACACUGUAAUUGUCAUGCAGUGUUAAAACUAGAUGUUGACCAUCAAGCAAGCAGUGGAAAUAUCAGGACACAUGAUCCAAGAAUAGCCACACACCUCAAGCUGGCACCUUUGUGUGAAAAUCUAUCCCUGACGCUUUGGGAAAUGAGGACUGCCUCUACCAUACAAAGACCUCUGCGUGGUGUGGCAUGGCGACUGUCUCUGGGUCAGGGUUUCUGUCCAAAGUCAGCACAAGUACAUCUGGGAGCACAGGUGGCUUCAGCCAGAAUGACCCAGGUCUAAGGAAGUGGCAGUCAUUGUCCCAUCUGGUGCCUGAUGGUGCUACACGAUCCUUUCCUCCAUGUCCAGGGGCUAAAUUAAGGACUGCCCGGGGUGAAAGUAGCUUUAGACAAGCAGAAGUGGCGCAAUGCCUGCAGGAUGCUCAUGUGCGUCUCGACACUCAGCUGGACCGGCUGAGAGCCAGAAAUUCUCAGCUGAGCGAUGACAUAACUACUGCAAAACUACUUGACAUGAAACAUAAGCAGCUGUCAGAAAUGAUGAGCGCUCAAGAGAAGGAGGCAGCUGAAUUGUCCCAAUUUGAAAAGAGCCAGCAAUGUGGAGAGCUUCAUGAAAAGGUCCUACAGCUGGAAAACAACCUGCAGCAGAUGAGGUCUACUUUCGCCAGAGGGAGUAAUGAUCAACCAACCGAAAAAACUCCUGGCUUGCUUCACAGAGUACCAAUGCGUGAAGACUUUAACAAACAGGAGAGACAGAAGGUUGACACAGAACUGUACAAUCUGAGAGAGGCUCUGAAAGGUGCUGAGGCGAGGGCAAAGACACAAGAAGAAGAACGAAACCAGGCACUCCAGAAACUCCAGACUUCUACUGAGACACAGAGAACGAUGUUGAAUCAAAUAGAGGACAUGAACCAGAGGCUCAUCCACACAAGACAGAAUCACUCUGACAUGCAAGAACAGCUGAGUGAAGCAAACAACAAGAUCAGCCAAGCAUGCCUGGAAAAAGCCAUCUUGUCAACUCAGGUGCUAAAGCUGGAGGGUAAUAUGAAACAAAUGAGGCCUCUGUCUGACGAUCAUCAUCAGGAAACUGUUAAAAUGAUGCAGGAAGAACUGAAGGUUCUCAGAGAGGUGAAUGAAAAGCUGACACGUGAGCUUGAAAUGAUUACGCAGAAACUUAAGACAUCACAAUCACAGCUACAGGUGAUAACAGCAGAGAGGGUCAACAACUCUAAACAAAUCACAGAUCUGGAGGCAGAAUGCUCUCGGCUGAUCAGAGAAAAAGAGGAACUGCUGAGUAAAAUAAAAGGAAGACACGAGGAGCUCACAGAGAUGAAAGAAAAGUGCAGCCAACUGAGGGAAUCUAUGGAAGUAAUGGAAUUAGAAAAACUGAAACUGCAGGAUCAGUGCAUAUGUUUGGAAGCCAAAGUCCUUGAAAAGCAAGAGAGUCUACACCUGCAGGAGGAAGAGUAUCGUAAACAAGAUUCAGUCAGAGUCCAGAGCAUCGAGGAACUACAAGCUGUGGCCACACAUUGGACGGAGAAAUGGCAAAAAGUGGCUUUGGCCCUGCAGUCCACACAGGAGGAGCUAGAGGAACUCAAAAAGAACAACUCGACGAAUGAACUCCAAGCUGAAGAUGUAGGCUUACAUCUGGAAAGUGAGAUUGAAAAACUUAAGAAAGAAGGCCAGAAAAACAAAGAAGAAAUUGAAAAUCUGCUGCAGCACAAAGCCAAUAUGGAGACAGUGCUGACCAGAGCCAAGAAGGAUUCUGACUCCCUGCUAAGGGUUGAGCUUGACGCAUGCAAACAAGAGCUGGAGCUGGAAAGGAGCAUGAGUCAGGCGCUGCUUCACAGAUAUAAAGAUAAAGGAGGUGAACAUGUGCAGACCCAGGACAAACAGACAGCGACAGACUUAUCAGAAUUCUCUUUGUUAUGGGAGCCACCAUCAGACUCCCAGAGCAGCCAAAACAAAUCUGCCCAGGUGUGCAUACAAAGCAUUAAGGAUCAAAGGAUGAAGCAAAAGUUGGCUACAAGAGAGAAGGAACUGAGGGAAAAGGAAGAAGCUUUGAAGAGUCUAGAAAGGCUGAGAGAGAUGGAAAAAAACAAUGCUCAACUCAAGAUUUCUGCUCUGGAGCUCAAGGCCUCUGAGGAUCAUCAGGAUGAUGGAGGCCAAGCAGAUGACUCAACUACUAACUCACUGAGGGCCCAGCUAGAAGAGAGGAGGAGGAUGGCGAACCAGCUGCAGCAGGAGAAAACGCUGAGGCAGCUUUACCUGGUUAAAGAUGAAAAACCCUCUGUUGACGGCAGGAAGGAUAAAACUGUUGGUUCAGUAAUUCUAGAGACGGACCAGCAGAGGAGGAUGGUUACUGAGCAGUUAAAGAGUCUGUUUAAGGAGCAGGAAGGAAAGGAGGUGGGAAAGGUUGAUAACAGAUCAGCAGCAGCUCAGACUGGCGCUUCCUCACUGCAAGACCGGACUCCCAGAUCUAAAGUUAUAAGGAGUGCAGUGGACUGGAGGAGCUGGCAGCAGGGCUCAGGUUUGAUGCCAGUGUUUGAAGAGGAUGAGGAGAGCAGUGACUGGCCGAAAGGGGAGGUGGGGAAGCCAGCAGAAGAGGCUCAUGCUGAGGAAAAUUUCCACCAAAGUCAACAGAUGUCAACUAUGAGUGCAGAAAUCAACAAUCUUAAGGCAAACAAUGUGAAUCCGCUGCAAGCCACACUGAGGUGCAAGGUGCAGCCAAUGCAGGACUGUCCCUCUACUGCAAAGAAACUAUCAGACACAUCUUCUGAUGUCCAAGUGCCAAACCUAUCUCACGUCUCAGGUGACCAGCAGUCACCUUCCCUCUAUCCAGAUGGAAUAUUCCUGGCUGAGCUUGUAGAUAUCUGUAGCCCUGAUGAAGAUGAAGAGGAGGGCGAGGACAAAUGAGGCGUUUUGUUAAGACUGCUGCACUGGGUGAAAGUUUCUACAGGUGUAUAAUGGAUCAGUCAUUACAGCUGCACUAGCCAGAUUUGUGCCUUAUAGCUUGCACUGUAUGUUGUCUUACUCAAAUUAAAUGUAAGGACUAAUUUACUUGACUUAAAUUUAAAGACAAGAUUCUGCUACUUCUGUGAUACUUGGUGGAAACUUUUUGACUAAGAGGAUUGUGAUAUUUUUGUAUCUCCAUCUAACAGAAAAGAAUUAGAAACAUACAGCAGCAGUAAUUUAUACAUUUAUACGUUAGACAAUUGUGUUAAUUAAAGCCACCAAUCUAGCUCUGGCAAAAGUGUGUUUUAUUUAUAUGACAUGGGUCUUCACAUAAUUUUUACAUUCAGAACAUCCUACAGACAACAAGCUAUUUUAAAUGUAUCUCAAAGGAACUGUGAAAUUACAGAUGUACAUGAGGGUAUAAAAAGUACAUUAGUGUGUAUUACACGGUACUCACACAUCAAAUAAAUGAAUGUGUAUUUUAGUGACUGCGGGCUGAAUACUAGAGUAAUCCUUUUGCUCAGUUCACUUACUUUCAUAUUUCACUAUUGUUCAUUGGGAGAGAGACUGAAUUGUAUAAGAGAUCACUGAUAAAUUCUCCAGAAUCAACAUAGAAGGUCUGGUCUAGGUAAUGUUUCACAAAUAACAUUGUUUUGUUUUAUGCAAAUUCAGUAAGUUUGUGCACUUACAUUACUAUCCCAUAGGAGAAUUCACAGGUUGUUACAUUAAAAUAAGGCCAUUGUAAAUGUUGAGUUGCUGAAUGCCUAUAUAUCCAUCUAUUAGAAGUGCAGUAACACAUCAUUUGAUUUACAAAGUGAAACAUUUAUGGCAAAAGUGACCUUAAAUUCCUUAUUUUGGAUGCCAACUGACUUCAUACAGUACAUUGGGUCCCAAAUUGUCUUUUUCAGCAAACACGUGUCAGAGCCUUAUAGAGGCUCUGGUUGUACUGUGUGCCACCGUGCCUGCUCCAACUCUAGGUUACACAUGUCCCUCCAGUGAGCACGUCCUGCGUCUGCGGCCCCUACUCCAAUUCGGACCCGACCAAGAACUUUACCUUCUGAAAGGACCUGAUUCACACAAGACAA